GGGGACAACACUGGCAGCUGGAGUGAGGAGAUGACCAAUCCCAUUGCCUUGCUUUAAAAACGGUUCCGAGAGGGGGAACCUCACAACACAGGGAGUUAGGAAUUCUCACACCGGCUCCCAGCGGCUCCUUUCACAAGCCAUGUCUCAGCCCACGGAAGUGAAGAAGAAGAAGCGCCCUGCAGUGAAGGAGGAAGACCUGAAGGGGGCGCGGAAUAAACUGGGCUUGAAGGGAGAGGUCAAAUCCAAAACCUACGCAGUGAUGCAGGAGUGCGAGCAAGCCGGCAUUGCGGCCCCGUCUGUGUUCAGCCACGCCCGAACCGGGACAGAGACUGUGUUCGACAAGCCCAAGGAAGAGCCGCCCAAGAGCGUCUUCGGGAAAUAGAGACCCCUGCUUCUUCACAGUGACGGGCUGAGGGGAGAAGUCGUGGUUGUGAAACAAGCCAGCGUCCCAGGUGGGAAUGUGUUCAGCUUACACAGCAGCGUGUAGAGAGCUGCAUCAGAGGGGAACAAGGGCUUUUCUAUGGGUGUUAUAUACAGUAUAAAUAUAAUCAAUUAUCAGCAGGAGAACCCAUUUGAUGGCGUUUCAGUAAAGUUACUUUCUUACUGUUUUAUUGAGAUCUGUUCUGUUUUCACAAAAUAAAUCUUGCUUUUUUAAAAAA